ACACACACACACACACACACACACGCACACACACACACAUGCACACACACACACACACACACACACACACACACACACACACACACACACACACACACACACACAGAAACAUAGAACACUCUCUCUCUCUCUCUCUCUCUCUCUCUCUCCCUCUCUCUCUCGCUCUCUCGCUCUCUCACUCUCUUUACUGAGUGCAGUGACGGAAGGUUUUUAUCUCCUCAGGAUCAUAGCAGAGUUCUGGACUGAAACAAACUUCCUACAACCAGACAGAACCAGUUAGAACUAGCUAGAACCAUACAGAACCAGGUAGAACCAUACAGAACCAGACACAACUAUAGAUAACCAGUUUGAACCAGCUACAAAACGGACAUAACCAGUUAUAAACAGACAAAAAGAAAGAACCAGCUAGGAUGAAGACGAGAGGAAGUCUGAAUAUCUACUUCCUGUUGAUACUAGUGGACUGCGGCUACGCCAUUCAGAAAGCGCCUCGCAUCAUCACGCUACUGGAGACGGUGGACGUCCUAUUAGACCACAACGCCUCCUUUAUCUGUGAAGUGGAGUCCCGCCCCCCUGCGGACAUCACCUGGACCAGGAACAACCAGCCAAUCCUGUACUAUGACCACCGGUACUCCACCAGGGAGGGCGGUCAGAUGCUGCACAUCAGCCAGGCGAGGGAGGCCGACAACGGGGAGUUCUGCUGCAUCGCGUCCAACGGCAUCGGACAGCCUGCCCACAGCUGUGGAGCCCUGCAGCUCAAGAUGAGACCUCAGAUCAAACGUCCUCCCACCAACCUCACUCUCCUGCUGGAGUCCAAGGCCUUGUUGCCCUGUGUCACCCUGGGCAACCCAAAGCCUGACAUCACCUGGCUCAAAGACGAUGAGCUCGUCCAGGUGAGCAGCCGCGUGUCCAUCUUGGACUACGGCUCACUGAAGAUCCACAACCUGCAGAGGGAAGACGCUGGUCAGUACCGCUGCGUCGCCAGGAACAGCUUCGGCAUGGCCUUCUCCAAACCAGUCUCCAUACUGGUACAGGCUCCAGCCAGGAUCCUGCGGGUGCCAGAGGAGCAGCGUGUUGCGUACGGAGCCCUGGUGUCUCUGGAGUGUCACGCCACGGGGAACCCUGUCCCCUCCAUCAGCUGGCUGGAGAACGGAGACACGGUGUCAGGAGCCUCAGUAGAGGAGACGAUGGUGGGGGAGGUGGUGAUGUCAGUUGUCAAGGUAACGGUGACCAGACCAGCGCUCUACACAUGUCUGGCGACCAACAGACAUAACUCUGGAGCGAACACCGCCAAGGUCACCGCCAAGGUCACCGUCGCAGGUACCUGGACCUAGGAGGUCAUGAGGUUGUGUGCGAGGGUUCUUCUGUGUGUAUGUGAGUGUGAGUUUGUGCAUGUCUGUGUGUUAUGCGUGUGUGUGCACCCGUGUCUGUGUGUUGUGUGUGUGUGCACGUGUGUGAGUACGUCAGUGUGCGCGUGUGUGUGCAUGUGCUAGCCACCACUCCCAACUUAUUUCAAAGACACCACACCAUUAUAAAGUUAAAAGAAGCUAGGAGUCCUCAGGCUAAUAUGGGAAAACGUUAAGGCUUAACGCUAAUAUCCUUGAAGCCUUGCAUGUGCGCAAACAUAACACACAUAGCACACAUACAUACGACUCACACACCUUACAGAACUCUAACACGUGCGCGUACAACUUGUGCACGAACAAAAAUCGUACAUCCGCACUCUGCUUAUUCACCCACACUUGG